AUGACCAUCGCUCCUGUGGAGGGAGCGGUGACUAACCUGGAGCACAAUCCAGGGAAGUGCGGCUGUGGCUGUUGCAGGUCCUUCGAGAAAAUCUUCCAGGUCCUCUACCAUACAGGCACUAGCCCAGAGCUACGAGCACAAGGUGCAAAGGUCUUGGAUCGGUGUUACCUCGAACUUCUCGAGGCUUCGCACGGUCUGAGAGCUCAAGCCAGCGGUGAGGCACCCGCUCCUGGGGCGUCGGGAGUGGGAGAAUCUCCUGUAAAGGAGGGAGGGCUCGGGCAGCAGGCAGCUGCCAGCGAGGGAGCUGGGGCGGCUCCUGUGGAGUCCAAGGUGGUGUUGCCACCACUGCCUAGGCCGGCAAAGCGGCUGAAGAAGGACGACCUCCACGCCGAGAAGGUCACAAAGGAGCCCGCUUCCGAGGAGGAGGAGAAGGAGUCAAGAGAGGAAAGAAGUGAGAGGAGCCGCUCAGUCCGAGAAGAGAAGAAGAAGCACAAGAGAAGGAAGGAGUCGAGAAAGGAAAAGAAGAGCAAGCCCGUCGAUUCGUCCCCAGUCCGAAGAGAAGAGAAGAGCUCAACUCCGGGAGAUUUGGCACCAAAGUCAUUGCCCAGACCUUCGAGUGCACGGGACCCAAGUCCUGAGGCAAGUGGCCGUGAGCGACCCGGAGGAUACAGCCCAUCUCCUGAAUCCGUGGAGGCCGGGAGACGGGAGGAGAGUGAGGAGCCGGAGCACUACAGUGAGGAGGAAGAGAGGAGCUUCGAGGAGGAGAGACCUCCAGUAGAAGACAGUGUGCGCCAAGCGCAAGUAGAUGCGCGAGCUCGCUCGGCGGCGGAGGUAGUGGCAGAGCAGCGUCGAGCAGAAGCCUCGGCCGAGACCAUUUCGGCAACAGAGCUCCGGCAUUCUCUACCUGCAGACGUGGAAGGACACCCUGUGGUUCGAACCCGAACUGAGGAUUAUGGUCCUUUCCGUCGAGUGCGACACAGUUACAAAUCUCCGCCAGAAUAUUUGAGAAGACCACCCAAUAUGGCGUUGGAAGAUUUUUCAGAAGCCUUACAUGAUUUGAUGUCUCAACCUGGUGUUAUGCAGAGUGUUAUGCAAACUACUAGUCCUCGAGGUGAAAGCAGUAAAAGGGAAGCGAGCUCUGAUGCAGCUGAUGAGCGACAAUCCGCUCGGCCACGUCUGGAGACUCCGACAGAUGCACCUGAAGAUGAACUACUCCUGACUGAAGCCUUAUGUGCAGAACACCUGGAAGAGAACAAGGGUGCAACUUUUGUCGAGGCUCUGACAGCAGCGUUUAUUCAGAAGAGAGCAUCCAAGGAGAUCCCAGCCUAUGGCAAUCCGCCAGAACUGCAGAAAGACAUCGAUGCAUCCAAAGCGGCAUUGGAAGUGGUGAGCCCCAUCCAUCAGGCCCAAGAUGCGGCAGCCCCGUCGAACGCCUUUGACGGGCGUGGUUCGAUGAGUGACAGUUGCAAACGUCGACUCUCAGAUGAGUUAGACGGUUUUGAGCUUCUUGCAGUGACUCAGGAGUUAGGUGUGAGCAAAGAGUGUGAGGUUUUCCAGAAGCCCAUUGUGGCUUCAUUGAAAUACACCUACGCAGGUUUGGUGAAUGAGGCCAAGAAGGGCAAUACCAUGCUGGUGAAUUACCUCGAUUGGGUGCUGACUGCGGGUCAAGGCAAAUCGCCAAAAGUGGACGACUUGCGCAACUACUUGAAAGUCGUUCAUUACAAGGGCCCAGCGUCAGAGAUGACU